CUGUGUAAGGGUAGUUUAACUAGAUAGAAACGUUUGUUUUUUACGCACUGCGAUUUUUUGAAAAAAAAAAGGAAAAAUGCAUUUUGUAUUCGACCCCAAAAAAUAAUGAACUUGAUUGCUAAUCCGUGACGUGCAGUUAAUGUAUGAUAAGGACUUUCAAGCUUCCAGGUAACACUCGGAGAUGCGCAGAUUCCAAACGUGCUUGUUUUCCAGGAUGUCCUAUGGACUGGAUGAUUAAAGGUGGAUGGAAAUCUUACAACACAGGGACCUGCUUGAUGCAAAUCUGAGCCGUAGUGCUGUUUCUGCUCAGAUGCUAGAAUUAGCCAGAGGGAAUAAGGUCUGAACAGCACUUUCAUUUAAUUAAAACAACAGCAUACCUGCAAUUGCUUGGAUAGCGUAAAAUCAUUUGUAAGUCUGAUAUCUUUUCAGUGUCUUGCAAGGGAAAUUGAUUCCAACCAAUGUUUUGAUGUUGGCAAAGCUUUGCGCGCAUGCGUUUGUCUUGUCAGAAUUACUGCACUGCCUAGGACUAAGUUGCAUUCCUUUCAAUCAGUUGCAAUCUUCGCGUAAAGACAUUUAUUUAAUCAAAGUUAGGAAUGUGGAGAGUUCAAGACCGUGGAUGUUUCGGGAUUUUAUCUUUUCCCAUGAUGGUGGCCGUGGUCUGCUGUGCACAAAGCGUUAAUGAGCCCAGCAACAUGUCAUAUGUGAAAGAAACCGUGGAUAAAUUGCUCAAAGGAUAUGACAUUCGCUUAAGGCCUGAUUUUGGAGGUCUCCCUUUAGAUGUUGGAAUGAGCAUAGACAUCGCCAGCAUUGAUAUGGUCUCAGAAGUCAAUAUGGAUUAUACUCUCACAAUGUACUUUCAACAGUACUGGAGGGACAAACGGCUUUCCUACUCUGGAAUACCUCUCAACCUGACACUAGACAACAGAGUGGCAGAUCAGCUGUGGGUGCCUGAUACCUACUUCCUCAAUGACAAGAAAUCGUUUGUGCACGGCGUCACUGUAAAAAACAGAAUGAUCCGGCUGCACCCUGAUGGAUCCGUGCUCUAUGGACUCAGAAUUACCACUACAGCAGCAUGCAUGAUGGAUCUGCGCAGGUAUCCCCUUGAUGAGCAGAACUGCACUCUGGAGAUAGAAAGCUAUGGCUACACUACUGAUGAUAUUGAGUUUUACUGGAAAGGGGGAGAAACUGCAGUCACAGGAGUCGCCAACAUUGAAUUGCCACAGUUCUCCAUCAUGGAUUAUAAAAUGCUGUCCACAAAAGUGAAGUUCACAACAGGAUCGUAUCCCAGGUUGUCACUCAGUUUUCAACUGAAAAGAAACAUAGGCUACUUCAUCUUGCAAACAUACAUGCCUUCAACUCUGAUAACAAUUCUAUCCUGGGUGUCCUUUUGGAUCAACUAUGAUGCUUCUGCUGCAAGAGUUGCUUUGGGAAUUACAACUGUGCUGACAAUGACAACCAUCAACACUCAUCUCAGGGAGACUCUGCCUAAGAUCCCUUAUGUAAAAGCCAUUGACAUUUACCUGAUCGGGUGUUUUGUGUUUGUGUUCUUGGCCCUCCUGGAGUAUGCCUUUGUGAACUACAUAUUCUUUGGAAGGGGACCUCAGCUCCAAAAGAAGGCCACAGAAAAAGCUGCAAAGGCCAACAAUGAGAAGAGUAAACUAGAAACCAACGAAGUGCAGGUUGACGCCCAUGGAAACAUCCUUCUAAACACCCUGGAAAUCAGAAACGAAGUUAGUGGCUCUGAGGUUUUGACAAGCAUAAAUGACCCCAGAGCCACUAUGUUUUCUUACGAUAGUGCCAGCAUCCAGUACAGAAAGCCAAUGACAAGCCGUGACGUCUAUGGGAGGAAUGCAGCAGACAGACAUGUCGUUCAUAAAAAGGGUCGCUUACGGAGAAGGACUUCUCAACUUAAAAUCAAGAUUCCUGAUUUGACUGAUGUUAAUGCCAUAGACAAGUGGUCCAGAAUCAUUUUUCCAAUCACAUUUACAUUUUUUAAUGUUGUCUACUGGCUUUAUUAUGUGCAUUAGGUUGGUCACAUGUUUGUUCUGCCCUGUAUGUGUCUAUUGAUGAAGCUAUUUGUAUUUAUUAACACGUAAAGGACUGCGAUGUAUACUUGCAAGGUCAAGGUAAGGUGUUCACCAUUUUGUUUUUGUGUCUGUGUACCCGUAUGUAUCCAAUGUUUUAUCCAUUUUAUCCAGACGCAUGUAUAAUAUAUAUUUUAAUGACUUACUUUAAAUUUCAUAAAAAAUGUGUGAGAAUUCAUACAGGGAUUUCAUUUGUUAUGGCUUCAAGCACUGUCCUUGAAGAAACGCCCAUUUUGCAUUUGAUGAGCUGUACAAUUCUAAUCUCUUUGUUUUUUAAAGACUUUCAAAAACCCAGAGCAGGAAGACACUGAAUCCUUCCUGUAUCCAACCCAGUGAAGUUUAGAUUUGGCCUUAUCUAAAUUAUGUAAGAUGUGAUUUUCUUUAAAAAGAAAUCAGGUAU